AUGUCGCCACUGAGCAAUCGCGGCGGGCCUGUCAUGAUCUCGGCGAGCAUGAGGGCAUUGCGCGCAACGCAUUCGCCUUCUUCGGCCACCCAGCCAUGGACACGAGUACCUAGACUCACAUGCGCACCGGCGUCGCCUAAGCGAUGCUACUCCAGUGAGCCACCGAAGGCCUUUCUGAGAAACCUCACGCUUGAAGACGCGCGCAAGAUGAUCGUGUGGCCGUUCUGGGCCGUGAAUGGCCUCGUCUUCUUCUGGUGGCAGCAGGCCAAAGUCGACGCCAACCAGCGUCAGAAAGCCAGACCCGGUGACGCCGGCUCCGUCACCAUGCCCCGAUACAUUCCCGAGUCUGAGCGCUACAGACGCAUCAACGAAAUGCAAGAGGGCUACACAGUCAGUCUGAAGAACGUGCGCGAGGGCCGUUGGCGCACGGUUCUGACCAGUGCCAUCAGCCACGAGGGCCUGGGCCACAUGAUUUUCAACAUGAUCAGCUUCAACGCCUUCGUCUCUGCCGCCUCGCUAUACAACUGGCGCCGCAAGGGCCAAUUUGAGGCCGCCGGGCUGGGCGCCAGUGGUGUCGUCACGGGCUUGAGCGCCGCCGCGGCACUGACGGUGCCCUUCGCCCCUUUCCAGAUCUUCUUCAUUCCAAUCGCCAUACCGCUUUGGGUUCUCUCGCUCGGGUACGUCGCCUAUGAUACGUACAGGCUGAACUCGGUAAACAGCAAGGUCGGGCACGCUGCUCACCUGGGAGGCGCGGCGUUCGGGGUGCUCUUCUACAUGCUCCGUCUGCGGAAGCUUGGCGGUGUUCCUGACGUCUUCCGUUACUAUAAGAAUGUCUACUUCCCGGGCAAACGACCGAACUUGCCCCCGUCUAGACCGGCUCCACCGCCGUUACAGAGACCCGCUGCUCCCAAGGAGAAGACUGCGAAAGGCAAUAAGAAGCAUAGAUGA